AUGGCGACCAACGGAGCCAACGGGACAUUGAGCACUAACCUCUUCGACAGCUUUAUUCCAAAAGUUAGUGGCUGCAUCUUGGCGCUUGGUGGCCGUCCUAUUAACAGACAGUACUUCCGCGCAGGUUCCAAUAUCCAUGAUCAGAUGCAGAAAUUGAUCAAUAAGUUCUUCGUCAAGCACCUCGACCUCAAAACCGAAGAUGCCCACAUGCUCCACCAGAAGUACUACAAGGAGUACGGACUUGCCAUAGAGGGCCUCACCCGCCACCACAAAAUCGACCCGCUCGUGUUCAACUACGAAGUUGAUGAUGCUCUACCCCUUGACGAGAUUCUCAAGCCAGACCCUAAGCUGCGCAAAUUGUUAGAGGACUUGGACACGUCCAAGGUGAAGCCGUGGUUGCUCACGAAUGCCUAUAUUAAUCACGCAAAGCGCGUUGUGAAGCUGCUUGGUCUUGAGGAUCUUUUCGAGGGUGUCACCUAUUGUGACUACGGAAGUUUGCCAUUGGUUUGCAAACCGAGUCAGGACAUGUACGCCAAAGCAGAGAAAGAAGCUGGUGCUCCCAGCACGGAGUCGUGCUAUUUUGUUGGUUAG